GUUUGAUGCCGAUAGCGUUAGAGCGGCCUCUUCGGCCUAUGUAAAGCCCGUCGACUUCCAUCCUUCCUACGGCACUGCAGGAUUCCGCGCGAAUGCGGACCUCCUGGCCUCCACAGUAUUCCGAUGUGGGUUACUGGCAGCUGCACGAGCCCUGCUGCUGGGUGCCCAUACCGGCAUCAUGAUCACUGCCUCACACAACCCCGUGGAAGACAACGGCGUGAAAAUGGUGGAUCCCGACGGCAACAUGAUGCCUCAGAGCUUCGAGCCGGUGGCCGCUGAGCUGGCCAACUGCCAGGACGACGAAGCUGUCGUUGCCGUGCUGCGGGAUCGCGUGUUCGGGCAAGCAAACCUAAGCGCCCAGCAGCACCUAACAGUGCUCAUAGGCUACGACACCCGCCCUAGCGCGCCACAUCUGCUCGCAGCAGCCACUGCUGGCGUGCUUGCUCUCAAACUGCACGCGGUGUCUUGCGGCUGCAUAACCACACCACAGCUGCACUUCCUGGUCCACAAUGCCAACCACGGCAGCAGCAGCAGCAGCGACAGCGACGGCAGCACCGCCCCAUCCCUCCCAAGCGCCCCCGCCUCGCCGCAGCUCCAAACCUACUUCGACACCAUCCUAGGCGCCUUUGUGCAGCUAGCAGGCACCACAGCCAGCGCUAGCAGCCCCACCAGCAGCAGUGCUCCUACCAGCGGAGCCGCCGCAGCUGGCGGGGCGGCUGCGACUCGUCUGUUCGUGGACUGCGCCAACGGUGUGGGUGCGGGGCAGCUGCAGCGGCUGGUGCCGGCGCUGCAGGCGGUGGGCAUAGAGCUGCAGCUUCGGAACUCGGGCGAGGCGGCGGGCGGCGGGCAGCUGAACCACAAGUGCGGGGCGGACUUUGUGCAGAAGGAGCGGCUGCCGCCCGCGGGGUUCGAAGACGUGCCAGCUGGCGCACAGUGUUGCAGCAUUGAUGGCGAUGCGGACCGGCUGGUCUACUUCAGCCCCCAGCCCGCAUCCGGGGCCCCAGCAGCAGCAGCAGCAACGACGACGGAGGGUGUUGGAGCCAGCAGCAGCAGCUGCGGCGCUGGAAUAAUGCUGCUAGAUGGUGACAAGAUCGCGCUGCUGGCAGCGGUGUUCAUACGCGACCUCAUGGCCCAGCUGCCGCAGCAGCUGCUGGAGGGAGUCAAGGUGUGCUGCGUGCAGACGGCCUACGCCAACGGCGCCUCCACGGCCUUCCUGCGGGAGGUGCUGCAGCUGCCGGCGGUGUGCACACCAACAGGUGUCAAGUACCUUCACGAGGCGGCGCAUGAGGCGGACCUGGGUGUGUACUUCGAGUCCAACGGACACGGCACCGUGCUGUUCUCGCAGCAGCUGCGGCGGCGACUGGAAGCGGCGGCCGAGCUACCUGCCGCCCGGGAGCUGCUGGCGCUGUCGCGUCUGAUCAACCAGACGGUGGGGGACGCCAUCAGCGGGCUGCUGCUGGUGGAGCUCAUACUCAGGCGCAAGGGCUGGACGCUGGCGGACUGGCAGGCGCUGUACACCGACCUGCCCAGCCGCCAGCUGAAGCUCAAGGUGGCGGACCGCAGCAGCAUCACCACCGCAGAUGCGGAGCGCGUGUGCGUCACGCCGGCCGGCCUACAGCAGGCCAUUGACCGGGCAGUGAGCGGCUUCCCCAAGGGCAGGGCCUUCGCGCGACCCUCCGGCACUGAAGACGCCGUCCGUGUGUAUGCGGAGGCCGCCACGCAGCAGCAGGCUGACGAGCUGGCGCGAGCAGUGGCGCAGGAGGUGUACGACAGGGCCGGAGGCGUGGGACCGCGGCCAUAGCACACAGGCGCACCCGGACAGAGCGCCGUAGCCACCACAUACACAAGCUCGCGGGCCUCGAGGCUUUCCGCAGGCAAUGACAACGAUAGACGCGGUGCUUCCGAUGGAG